CCCCUCUCCCUCCCCUCCUCCCUGGCUCUCCCUCUCAGUCUCCAGCUUUUCUCUCUCUCUCUCUCUCUCUCUCUCUCUCUCUCUCUCUCUCUUUCUGUCGGGCGGAGUCGCCCACCACUGCCAGCCCAGUGCUAGGGGGACCUGCUCCAGACUGCAGCUGCAGACCUCAGUUUACCCAUCAAUGUGUCGUAGCCCUGAGCACGGAGACUCUGUGUGACACUCCCCACCCAGAGCGGGAUAUGGAGUGGUGCUGGGAGAGCCUGGCUCACCCUGGAGCAGGCCAUAUAGCAUUCCACAGUGUGAGUGCUCUGUGCUGUCAUUCUCCGUUUACUGCCGAGAGGCAUCUGGGUUGUCUCAAGACAGGAGCUGUUAAAAAUAAAGCAGCUACGGACAUUCUCGGAUGUGUCUCUUGGCAGACACACGACCUGUGGCUCCUGAGUGCAUGUGUACCUGGGCUGAGUCCUAGGACACAGGACGUUCAGCUGUAGUUCCUCGAACUGGACCCGACACCCUCCAUGGCUCCCUUGGCCUUAGUGGGGUUUGCACUCCUCCUGGGGACGCCCCUAUGCUCAGGGGCGGCCACCCCCACUCCCUCCCUGCCACCUCCCCCAACCAAUGACAGUGAUACCAGCACAGGGGGCUGCCAGGGCUCCAACCGCUGCCAGCCGGGGGUCCUGCUGCCUGUGUGGGAGCCCGAUGACCCGUCGCUGGGUGACAAAGCAGCGAGAGCAGUGGUCUACUUCGUGGCCAUGGUUUACAUGUUCCUGGGCGUGUCCAUCAUCGCUGACCGCUUCAUGGCAUCCAUCGAGGUCAUCACAUCAAAGGAGAAGGAGAUUACCAUCACCAAAGCCAAUGGUGAGACCAGCGUGGGCACCGUCCGCAUCUGGAACGAGACAGUGUCCAACCUCACACUCAUGGCCCUGGGGUCCUCAGCCCCUGAGAUCCUGCUGUCUGUCAUCGAGGUCUGUGGCCACAACUUCCAGGCGGGCGAGCUGGGCCCUGGCACCAUCGUGGGCAGUGCUGCCUUCAACAUGUUCGUUGUCAUUGCCGUGUGCAUCUAUGUCAUCCCAGCCGGCGAGAGCCGCAAGAUCAAGCACCUGAGAGUCUUCUUUGUCACUGCCUCUUGGAGUAUCUUCGCCUACGUCUGGCUUUAUCUCAUCCUUGCCGUCUUUUCCCCGGGUGUGGUCCAGGUGUGGGAGGCGCUGCUGACCCUCGUCUUCUUCCCGGUGUGCGUGGUGUUCGCCUGGAUGGCCGAUAAGCGGCUGCUCUUCUACAAGUACGUGUACAAGCGCUACCGCACCGACCCGCGCAGCGGCAUCAUCAUCGGCGCCGAGGGCGACCCCCCCAAGAGCAUCGAGCUGGACGGCACGUUCGUGGGCGCCGAGGUGCCGGGCGAGCUGGGCGGCCUGGGCCCGGGCCCCGCCGAGGCCCGCGAGCUGGACGCCAGCCGCCGCGAGGUCAUCCAGAUCCUCAAGGACCUCAAGCAGAAGCACCCGGACAAGGACCUGGAGCAGCUGGUGGGCAUCGCCAACUACUACGCGCUGCUGCACCAGCAGAAGAGCCGCGCCUUCUACCGCAUCCAGGCCACGCGGCUCAUGACGGGCGCGGGCAACGUGCUGCGGCGACACGCGGUGGACGCGUCGCGCAGGGCGUCCCCGGCCGAGGGCCCCGGCGAGGACGAGGACGACGGCGCCAGCCGCAUCUACUUCGAGCCCAGCCUCUACCACUGCUUGGAGAACUGCGGCUCGGUGCUGCUGUCCGUCACCUGCCAGGGCGGGGAGGGCAACAGCACGUUCUACGUGGACUACCGCACCGAGGACGGCUCCGCCAAGGCCGGCUCCGACUACGAGUACAGCGAGGGCACGCUGGUGUUCAAGCCGGGCGAGACGCAGAAGGAGCUGCGCAUUGGCAUCAUCGACGACGACAUCUUUGAGGAGGACGAACACUUCUUCGUGCGGCUACUGAACCUGCGCGUCGGGGACGCGCAGGGCAUGUUCGAGCCCGACGGCGGCGGGCGACCCAAGGGACGGCUGGUGGCGCCGCUGCUGGCCACUGUCACCAUCCUGGACGACGACCACGCGGGCAUCUUCUCCUUCCAGGACCGCCUGCUGCACGUGAGCGAGUGCAUGGGCACCGUGGACGUGCGCGUCGUGCGCAGCUCGGGCGCCCGGGGCACCGUGCGCCUUCCAUACCGCACGGUGGACGGCACGGCGCGCGGCGGCGGCGUGCACUACGAGGACGCGUGCGGCGAGCUCGAGUUCGGCGACGACGAGACCAUGAAAACUCUUCAGGUAAAGAUAGUUGAUGACGAGGAAUAUGAGAAAAAGGAUAAUUUCUUCAUCGAACUGGGCCAGCCGCAGUGGCUGAAGCGAGGGAUUUCAGCUCUGCUGCUCAAUCAAGGGGAUGGGGACAGGAAGUUGACAGCUGAGGAGGAGGAGGCUCGGAGGAUAGCAGAGAUGGGCAAGCCAGUUCUUGGGGAAAACUGCCGACUGGAAGUCAUCAUCGAGGAGUCAUAUGAUUUUAAGAACACAGUGGAUAAACUCAUCAAGAAAACCAACUUGGCUUUGGUGAUUGGGACCCAUUCCUGGAGGGAACAGUUUUUAGAGGCAGUUACGGUGAGCGCAGGGGACGAGGAGGAGGAGGAGGACGGGUCCCGGGAGGAACGGCUGCCUUCCUGCUUUGACUACGUCAUGCACUUCCUGACGGUGUUCUGGAAGGUGCUUUUUGCCUGCGUGCCCCCCACCGAGUACUGCCACGGCUGGGCCUGCUUCGGGGUCUGCAUCCUGGUCAUCGGCCUCCUCACCGCACUCAUCGGGGACCUGGCCUCCCACUUUGGCUGCACCGUUGGCCUCAAGGACUCUGUCAACGCUGUAGUCUUCGUGGCCCUGGGCACCUCCAUCCCUGACACGUUCGCCAGCAAGGUGGCGGCGCUGCAGGACCAGUGCGCGGACGCGUCCAUCGGCAACGUGACGGGCUCCAACGCCGUGAACGUGUUCCUGGGCCUCGGCGUGGCCUGGUCGGUGGCCGCCGUGUACUGGGCGGUGCAGGGCCGCCCGUUCGAGGUGCGCACCGGCACGCUGGCCUUCUCCGUCACGCUCUUCACCGUCUUCGCCUUCGUGGGCAUCGCCGUGCUGCUGUACCGGCGCCGGCCGCACAUCGGGGGCGAGCUGGGCGGCCCGCGCGGCCCCAAGCUCGCCACCACCGCGCUCUUCCUGGGCCUCUGGUUCCUCUACAUCCUCUUCGCCAGCCUCGAGGCCUACUGCCACAUCCGGGGCUUCUAGGGCCCCCCACCCCGCCCCGAGAGACUCGGCUGCCCCGGCUCCGGACCCGCGUCCUCUUGGUCCUCCAGAGAUGCAGCCUCCUCUCCUGGGACGCAGCCUCCCUUCCUCCUGGGAACUGUACCCCCGUCCUCCGUCCCCACGAACAUCCUCCUCCCUCCCUUCCCCUCAGGAGUCUCCCAGAGAUACCCACGACUGCAGCACAUCCCUGUUAGCUCAUCCCUGAGAUGUCCACACCCCGGGGGACAUCUCCACCUCGAGGCCCCUCCCCAGUAACCUAGAGAAUCUACCGUCUGUCUACCCUAGACACCUAGCCUUCCCCUAUCCCUUAGGACCCCCUUCCUCUAGAGGACCCUCACCAUCACCACCACCACCACCUGUGCCCCAGGACCUCAGAACCCAGCCCUCCCUGGGGGACCUUGGACGGAGGCUGAUCCAUCCCAGGAUGUACCCGAUCUCACCUUUCUCCCCAACCCUCAGGGAGCUCUGUUCAGCCCCCGGGGGUGGGGCGGAGGAACAGGUAGGUGCGUGCAUAGGGGGCCACAACUUCCCUGAUUUCUCCACUCAGGCCCUUGGGAGGACACUAAUCCUCGAGGCUGGGAGAAGUUUGGGGUUUCAGAGCUGGAGGAGGCACAUAUGAACCUGCAACUUCUCACAUUCCAGCGCCACCACUCGCCUCCACUACCUCUGAGAGCCCAGCUACGCCUUGGAAGGGGAGGGGGGGCCUGUGUGUAUAUAUAGUGUGUUUGGGGAAGGGGGGACGUGGGAGGGUGCAUGUCUUGGGGAAAAGGGGUGACAGACUUUCCUUUUGUGAGGGCAGCAGACUCCCCCAGCCAUGAGAAUUGGCUUUGGGGAGGAGGCCAGGAAUCAAAGGGAGUCCAGCCAUCUCCCCUGACAAUCUAGAAGGCUCAUUUUGCCCUCAGUGCCAGCCAAUCCAGGCAGGACCCUCGAAGAGGAGACCGAGGGUCCCAGAGGACCAAUGCUACAAGCCAGCAAAUGCUGCCACAUCUCUGCCUGAUGGGGAGCA